UUAAUUAAUUGUACGUAACAAUGAUGUUUCUACUUGUUCUGUUGAUAAUUCUUCCUCUGCUUAUUAUUUUUUUCCACAAACAUAAAACACAUAAUCCACCUGGUCCUAAAGGUCUUCCCAUAAUAGGGAAUCUUCAUCAACUAGAUAUUUGUAAUCUUCAUCUUCAAUUUUCACAAUUCUCAAAAAUAUAUGGUCCUCUAUUUUCACUUAAACUUGGUUUUAGAAAAGCUAUUGUUGUUUCUUCAGCUGAAAUUGCCAAACAAGUAUUGAAAAACAAUGAUCUUAUCUUUUGUAAUAGACCAAUAUUCUACGGUCAACGAAAAUUAUCUUAUAAUGGGUCAGAAAUUGGGUUUUCUCAAUAUGGUGAAUUUUGGAGAGAAAUAAGAAAAAUUUGUGUUGUUCAUAUAUUAGGUUCCAAACGUGUGUCAUAUUAUUCUUCUAUAAGAAAAUUUGAGGUGAAGAAAAUGAUUCAAAAAAUUUCAGGACAUGCUACUUGUUCAAGUGUUACAAAUUUGAGUGAGUUAUUGACUUCACUCUCAACUACUACAAUAUGUAGAAUUGCUUUUGGGAAAAACUAUGAGAAUCAAGGAAAUGAGAGAAGUAGGUUUCAUGGAUUGUUUUAUGAGUUACAUGCUUUACUUAAAGAAUUCUUUGUUUCUGAUUAUAUUCCAUUUAUGGGUUGGAUUGAUAAACUUAGAGGAUUGCAUGGUCGUGUUGAUACACUUUUCAAGGAGUUUGAUAAGUUUUAUCAAGAGAUUAUUGAUGAACAUUUGGAUCCAAAUAGACAACAAAUUGCAGAAGAAGAAGAUAUUGUUGAUGUCUUACUCCAAUUGAAGAAGAACCAUUCAUUUCCCUUUCAUUUCACUUUUGAUCACAUCAAAGCUGUCCUUGUGGAUAUGCUUAUAGCCGCAACAGAUACCACAUCAGCCACAUCGGUUUGGGCUAUGACUACCUUAAUAAAAAAUCCAAGAGUAAUGAAGAAAGUACAAGAAGAAAUUAGGAACAAUAUGGGAGUUAAAAAAGACUUUUUAGAAGAAGAUGAUAUUCAAAAUUUUCCAUAUUUGAAAGCAGUAAUUAAAGAGGUACUACGAUUGCACCUACCAGCCCCACUUCUUGUGCCAAGAGAAUCAAGAGAAAAAUGUAUUAUAAGUGGCUACGAUAUUCCACCCAAGACAAUAGUUUAUGUGAAUGCUUGGGCUAUUCAAAGAGACCAUAAUUUUUGGAAAAACUCAGAAGAAUUUUAUCCCGAGAGAUUUUUAGAAAGUUCUAUAAAUUUUACUGGACAAGAUUUUGAACUAAUACCCUUUGGAGCUGGUCGUAGAAUUUGCCCCGGCAUAUCUAUGGGAGUUGCGUCAUUGGAACUUACGCUUGCAAAUCUUCUCUAUUCUUUUGAUUGGACAUUGCCACAUGGAUUAGUAAAGGAAGAUAUUGAUACAGAAGUGCUUCCUGGGAUCUCUCAGCACAAGAAGAAUCCUCUUUGUCUUGUUGCUAAUAUCCAUAUAUAGAUGUAGCUCUUUAUACAACAAUUAUGUUGGCUUCUUGUUUAAUAAUUAUCAAUAAUCCUUGUAUCUCUUUAUAGUAUUUAAGUUAGGACAAUGUAAGUGUGCAAAUACGACGCAUUUGUUUUGUAGUUUCGUUUUUUUCCAGCCUCUAUUCGUAUUGUAUAGAGACUGACUAUUAAUAAUAAUUUUUUU